AUAGUAUUAUCGAUUGUAUAUACGGUUAUACCGGCAAAGAUUUAUAAAGAUGUUUUAUAACGUUCUUAAACGAGCUAUUCAAACACACGUAAAAUAUGUGAAUAAUUACCAUAUAGUGCGGCUCAGCAGCAGCUCCUCUGGUGGUGUCAAAGAUGACAUCAAAGACGCGCUAGAUAUUGAGGCGAAUUUGUUUGAAAACUCAAUGUUACAACACCAGCCAAUAAACACGCGGGAGGCUUUACGCAAGCACAAACCAACAUUAAUCAGUAAACAAACGAGAGAGCCAAAGAAAAAGAUAAAUAAAGCUGAAGCUGAGGCUAUAACAGCAACACCAGCAGUCAAAAAGACAGUUCCAGUUGCAACGUCAGUUAAGCGUACACCUACUCCGCUUAUUAAAGACACCGAGUUGAAUUUGGAGUUCAUGCGGCUUACCUUGCAGGAUCCGUUAAUGAGCACCUUGCUGACAGAAGUGCGUUCACGCAAACGUCGCGACAAGAACAAACAGAUCAUUAUCGAGGGCCGACGUCUCAUACAGGAAGCACUUCAAUCCGGCUUGAAAAUGCUUUCCUUAUUCUUUAGCCAAAAGGAUCAAUUGGCCUUGUUGCGGGAACAUGUGGCGCAGGCUCAGCAAAACGACAACACGCAAAUCUACAAAGUGCCCCAGCAUGAUCUAAAAACAUGGUCUGCGCUGGUAACACCACCUGGACUUCUGGCAAUAUUCGAACGCCCAUCUUCGCAAGGUCUACAACAGCAGCAGGACAAAGAUCCGUUACCCAUUACAGUGGUCUGCGACAAUAUACGUGAACCCAACAACUUGGGCAGUAUAAUAAGGACCUGUGCUGCUUUGCCCUGUAGUCAGGUGGUCGUCACACACGGUUGCUGUGAUCCCUGGGAAUCAAAGGCGUUGCGCGGUGGCUGUGGCGGUCAAUUCCGUUUGCCCAUACAUGACGAUGUUACCUGGGAGCAGCUGCCACUACACAUACCUCCGGAGAUGGCCGAUGAUUGUCAUGUCUUCAUUGCCGAGAACAACCCAGAAAGGCCAGCGAAUCUUGCACGCACGUCUGUAGACUAUGCAGAAGUGGAUCAGACAGGCGCACACAACAUCCUCAUUAUUGGCGGCGAGAGUCACGGAGUUAGCGACGAUGCUUACAAAUUCAUGAAACUGGUGGGCAGCAGGGGCAAGUGCGUCUAUAUUCCUCUGGCAGCGGGCAUUGACAGUCUAAAUGUCGCAUCCGCACUUACUUUAAUAUUAUUUGAGCUACGCAAGAAACUAAUCAAUAAAACGCAUAAUUUGCAAGAUUAGUUCAAAUAGGUAUACAAUAAUAUUGAUAUAGGUUU